AUGAAAAUGAGACUUGGUGUUUGGUAUGCUUCUAUGGGUCUUUUAGGACUUCUUGGUUGUUUUUUCCUAAUUGCCAUUGUUCGACUGAUCCUUUUUGUCAUCACAUACUUUAUUCUUCCUAAAGGCUUCUGGCUUUUCCCUAAUCUGUUUGAAGAUGUUGGCUUCUUCGAGAGUUUUGUACCUCUUUACUCGUGGUCAGGCGACAAAGUUGUCGCUCCCAGUAUCGCAGCAGCUGCUAAAGCCAAGAAGCGCAAGCAACUGAAAAAGAAGAGAAAGCAAGAAGAAGAAAAGGAAAAGAAGAAGCAGUUGGACGAACAGCUUGCUAAAAUGGCCAAAGCAGGAGGAGUCACUGCUGCUCAAGCACAAGCUGCUCAAGCUGCACAGGCUGCUCAAGCUGGACAACCAGGCCAACAGCCUGGUUUACCCCAGACUCUUCCACAAGGUGCCGGUAUUCCCAAUCCAGGAGGACCAUUUGCCCAACUCACACCAGACCUCGCCAAGUUAUCUCCAGAACAGCAGGCUGUUCUCGCAGCUCGUAUUCGUGAAAUCGCCGCUCGUGUCGAGCGUCGCCGAGCAGAGUACGUUCAAUCUGGACAGCCCAUUCCACAAACUCCCCAGGCCAUCCAAGCCCUCAACGCCAAAUUCUUCCAGGAAGAAUCAAACAAGUUCAGAAUGGACAUGAUGCGAGCUGCUGCCCAAAUGCAACAACAGCAACAACAAUCAUCCUCAGCUGCUCCCUCUGAACCUUCCUCAGAUGCCACUCCAGAGACCACAGCUCCCCAGACCACACAACCCGAGGUAGCUGUGGAGGAUACGAACAAAAGUACAUAG